AUGGCCGAGAGUGCCAAACGGGAUGUCCGAACAGCACUGGAUAUUGUCCAACUCUCAAAGGGUGACAAAAUUGGACAAUGGGAAAUUAUCAAGAAAUUGGGCGAAGGUAGGCGAACUACCGUAAUCUUAUAGUAACUAUAUUUUUAAUUUUCUUUGAUUAGCCUGAACAUGCCAUUUUAGGAGGAUUCGGAGCCGUUUAUCUUGUCAAAAACUCCUCGGGAAAUGAGUAUGCCCUGAAGGCAGAGAAAGCGACCGAAACUGUAAAGGUCCUCAAAAUGGAAGUUGUCGUGUUGGGAGAGCUGAAGAAGGCCAAAGCCAAACAUUUCUGCGACAUCUUGGACAGUGGGAAUAUCUGGAAUUACAAUUAUGUCGUCAUGACUCUGGUUGGACCAUCUUUUCAUGUCAGUUAUACAAGAUAAUUUGAAAAAUCAUCUUUUUGAUCCAAACAUAAUACAUUCUUUUAUCAAAUUUUUUUUAGGACCUCCGAAAGCGCUAUACGGAUCCGGUAAAACAAAAGUUUUCCCUCGGUUGUGCCCUUUCCGUUGGAAUAAAAUGCAUCGAAGCCAUCGAGGAACUGCAUUUGGUUGGAUAUUUACAUCGAGAUAUUAAGCCGGGAAACUUUGCCAUUGGCCUUACCGACUAUCGAAAAGUUUUGAUGUUGGAUUUUGGAAUGGCCAGAAGAUAUUUGGACCCAAAUGGAGAAAUUCGGAAACCAAGAUGGGCUGCCGGCUUUCGGGGUACUGUGAGAUACGCCCCAUUGUCGUGUCAUAUCAGUAGAGAACAAUGCAGAAAAGACGAUCUGGAAACGUGGACUUAUAUGCAGGUAAAUUAUAAUCCAUUUUUUGGAGUAUAUUGCCUGCAGAUUGAACUGACCAAGGGAUAUUUGCCAUGGAAAAGAAUCGAGAAUCGAGAAGAAGUGGGAAGAUAUAAAGAUAGAUGUAGAAAUGAUGCUAUCAAGGAGCUGUUUGGAGGAUGUCCCAAGGAAUACUUGCAUAUCUUGGAUUACGUUGACAACCUUCGUUACUACGACGUCCCGGAUUACAAUAAAAUACGAGGUUUUUUGAGGGAUGCAAUUACUUUAAAUAAGGUCCAAGAAUAUCCUUACGAUUGGGAAGAACAACUGGAAAAGGAAGCUAAAAUGGAAAAAGAGAAAUCUAAAGUUGAACUUGGAUAA